ACUAUAUGGUAAAUCUAUUAUGAUUAUGAAGGCACUUGGACAUUUUUUUAACUAUGAAUUCUGCAUUAAACUCAAGUGUAAUUCAGAUUGUGCAAGAAAACAUCUCAGUAGUAAACAACAGGGUUCUAACUACUGGAAAUUCUUUUCUACUAGAGUUGGGAACAUAUUCAAUGGAUAGGGGCUUCAUCUCACAGAUUAGAUCCUCUUCUAUAGAUAUUGUUAAUAAUUUCCUUAAUGGGCUUCACUGUAUUACUUCUGUUCACUAUAUCCCUGUUCCAAGAUUCCGCUUUCAAAUCCACAAAAUUCACCACUAUGAGAGUAAAAAGGGGGAGUGAAAGAAAUAACUCAAGGAUAGAAAACUGGUGAGAAGGCUGUUGUAGUUAUCCCUUCCUUUACAUUUAUUCCUUCUGCCUGAAAUACUAAACAUGGGGUUUGUUUGUAACCCCAACACUUGUUUAUUUGCACACUCAAUUAAUACAAAGAAGUACUCUGCCCACUGGAAACCAUAAGAAACUUUCAUUUCUAAUAAAGUUAAUAUCAAUCGUUAAUAUCCCACAUUAAAAAAAACAAACAACUCUUUCGUGGUGCUUUUAUUUUUUUACCAAAGUUUAAGGGUCAUGGGACCAAAAAGAGAGAAAACCACUGUGGUCCAUCCCCAACCCUGAUUGGUCCAUUUCUUGCUCUGACCUCAUAAGGCGCCAUUGUGAUCCGAUUGCAAACCAACCCUAUAAAAGGUGCUGGCUGAGCCCAGGAAGCUGUGGGUAGACGUGGUUGUUUGGAUUUGUUGUUAGUAGUGGAUUGGCGGAUUGAUUGGUUGCUUUUUACCUCUUCCUUCUCCUUCUCAUUGUCCUCUUCCCCCUCCUCCUCCUCCUCCUCCUCUUCCUCCUCUUCCUCUCCCUCCUCCUCCUGCUCCCCUCCUACCACUGAUCCCCUUCAGUGGAAAUUUUUAAAUCACCAUGGGUGAUUUUUUUGAAGACAUCUCGGCCAAAGCGGACUGCCAGUUUGGCAAUUAUGCCCUCCUCAGUAAAAUCGGGAGGGGCUCCUUUGGCCAGGUGAGACUGGCCCGGCACCUCAAAACCAGCAUGAAGGUGGCGGUGAAAAUAGUCAACUGUGAAGAUCCCGCAGACGUGGCCGAAGAAAUUUACUGUCUGAAAGAACUAAACCACCCGAACAUCAUAAAACUGUUUGAGGUGGUCAACACCAACCACCAGGUAUACAUGUUUAUGGAAUAUGCCCGGGGAGGUACCUUAUACAAUUAUCUAAAGAAGUGGGGUCGUAUCUUGGAGACAGAAGCACGAGCCCCAUUCCGGCAGCUGCUGUCGGCCGUCCACUACUGUCACCAAAAACAUAUCGUCCACCAUGACAUAAAACCCAAAAACAUCCUGCUGGACAUGGGGUUGAAUAUAAAACUGGCUGACUUUGGACUGAGUGCUGUGUUCUGCAAGGAGGAAAAACUCAACAUCUUCUGUGGCACUCCCAACUAUAAGGCCCCAGAAUUGUUCGGGCUUGAACCAUACGAGGGCCCGAAGGUGGACGUCUGGAGCAUGGGGGUCGUGCUAUACAAGAUGCUGACCGGAGUACGUCCGUUUGGGGGGAAAACCUUAGAACAACUGGAGGAGCACAUCUUGAGUGGGGACUUUUCUAUUCCAUCUUUUCUAUCUGUACCGUGCCAAACACUCUUAAAGACGAUGAUCGACAUCGACCCCGGCCGAAGACCCAACCUGGGAAUUAUUAUGCAAAAUGGCUGGGUAGAUAUAGGGGAGGCUGAGCAAAUGACCCCAUACAUAGAACCAGCCUGCACUGACAUCGACCCCCAGGUCACUGAAAUCAUGCGCACACUGGGGUAUGAGCAGGAAGAGCUAGAGUCAUCCCUCACGGAGAAGAAGUUUAAUAGUGUGAUGGGCACGUACAGGAUAUUAAAUAUGCAACUUACCACCGGCAUCCAAACAAUAAAAGUAACUCCCAGGUCCUCCUCUGAAUCCAACAUAACAGUUUGUACUACGGAGGGGACUUCGGGAUCAGAGACGGAGGACAGCGACCCUCGGAAUACACCAGCGAACCCAGAGUUCAGUGUGCCCUCCACCACACCACCGUGGGGCCUGGACUGGGGUAUUGCCACCCCUCCAAUUAGAGUGGAGGUGAAGAGGGUUAUCUGGCCAUGCAGUGAGCACGUGCAGAACAUCAGCCAGCCUGGCAGUGAGCACGUGCAGAACAUCAGCCAGCCUGGCAGUGAGCACGUGCAGAACAUCAGCCAGCCUGGCAGUGAGCACGUGCAGAACAUCAGCCAGCCUGGCAGUGCGCACUUGCAGAACAUCAGCCAGCCUGGCAGUGCGCACUUGCAGAACAUCAGCCAGGCUGGCAGUGCGCACUUGCAGAACAUCAGCCAGGCUGGCAGUGCGCACUUGCAGAACAUCAGCCAGUGCGCACUUGCAGAACAUCAGCCAGGCUGGCAGUGCGCACUUGCAGAACAUCAGCCAGGCUGGCAGUGCGUACUUGCAGAACAUCAGCCAGGCUGGCAGUGCGCACUUGCAGAACAUCAGCCAGGCUGGCAGUGCGCACUUGCAGAACAUCAGCCAGGCUGGCAGUGCGCCCUUGCAUAA